AUGCGUCCCGUCGGACAAGCACCUCCAAGACCAGGCUUCAGACCACCCAUUCCACAGCAACAACAGCAGGGACAGCUAGCACAGCCUUACCCGGGACAACAACAACCAGGAGCACAGCAGUUCCCACCCAGACCUACUCCUCCUCAUUCAGGUCAACAGCAGAUGAACUACAGACCCAUGGGUCCUGGAAGCAACGGACCCAGACCCGUACAACAGCAAGGAACUGCACCACCAAGACCCAUGCAACAACAGCAGCACAAUCAGGAUCCCAGCCAUCUCCAACAACAAAAUAACAAUGCCUUGAGAAGGCCAUCAGCACAGGGUGGUCAAGGACCCCAUUCACCUUCAAAUCAGAGACCAACCAUGGCCACACCACCCUUCGGAUCACAGCAACAGCACCAACAGCAGCAGCAGAGACCACCUCCAGCCAUGGGUGGUGGUAUCCAGCAACGCGCCGCGUCACCCAUGAUCCGGCCCGCCAAUUUGCCACCACCUGGUUCGCCAGGCAUGCCAAGACCCUUCCAGUCGCCCCAGAUCCAGAACAGACCUCCGCCAGGACAGUUUGUAACCCAGGCGCAGCAGACUGCUCCUGGCUCGCCUGCUAUGAACCCUAUGGGAUUCAUGAGUGGACCUCCUAACGGGCAGAACCGUUCACAGCCGCCUACUCCAAGGAUGCAGCACCAACAACAGCAACAACAGCAAGGAGCACCCACUUCGCAGCAGUUGCACCAGCAGCACCAACAGCCACUUCAUCAUCAACAACAACAACAGCCGCUGCACCAGCAACAGCAGCAGCAGCAUCCUCCAAUGGGCCAAGAUCUUGGACUGAUGGCUGGUCCUCCCACGCCCACACCUCAUUCAGGUGCACAAAAGUCCAAGAGAAUGUACCCAGCCGGAAUUAAUGCCUACACAGAACCACCAACCUACGAAGCGACACCCAGCAACCACAGCUUCCAACACACAGGAGUUCCCGCCCCUAACCAAGCAGGCGGUAUGCAACAACAGCCUCCUGCCCAAGGAUCUCAAUUCUUUGUUCCUGGAGAGAAGCAGGCACCUACAUUCGGACAACCCGCUCCUGCGUACCAACAGGGCCUUCAACCUCUUCAAGGACAACCCCUUCAGCCCAAUGUGAAUCAGCUUGCGGGACAGAUGGGUGGUAUGAACCUCGGUAACACUGGGUACGGCGGAGCUCAAGGCAUUGUGCCCAUCUCGACGGUUGCUUUGAUGGGUACGGCACCCAAAAUUUACGACUUGGAUGCACCCCCACCACCCAUUCGCUUGCCAGAGACGGCAUCGAUUACACAGUCGCCUUUCGCCAACUGCGACCCCUCGUACAAGAGAUCAACCUUGAAUGCAAUUCCCGCCACGUCACAAUUGUUGACAAAGUCACGUCUGCCCUUUGGACUUAUCAUCACACCCUACCGCAGUGUCAAGGAAGGGGAUGAACCUGUGCCGGUCGUGUCAGACUCGAUUAUUGCUCGUUGUCGCCGAUGCAGGACAUAUAUCAACCCCUUUGUCAAGUUUGUCGAAGGUGGUCAGCGCUGGAAGUGCAACAUGUGUUACACACUCAACGAAGUGCCGUCGUCGUUCGACUAUGAUCCUCAGACACAGCGGCCUGUGGACCGUUGGCGGCGCAAGGAGUUGAACCAUGCGGUCGUGGAGUACAUUGCACCCACGGAGUACAUGAUUCGUCCUCCUCAGCCUUUGGUCUACAUGUUUGUGAUUGACGUGUCCUACCCUGCAGUCCAGUGCGGCAUGGUGGCUACAGCAGCAACAACUAUUUUGGAAUCGCUUGACAGGAUACCCAAUGACGAAGGCCGCACCAAGGUUGGAAUCAUCACCGUGGAUAGUUCCCUCCACUUUUACAACCUCCAGGCUGCGUCAGGAGAGCCACAGAUGAUGGUGGUGUCGGAUCUUGAGGAGGCUUUCUUGCCUCAGCCCCAGGACUUGCUUUGCAAUCUCAGCGAGUGCCGACCUGUCUUGGAGGCAUUGUUGAACAGGAUGAGCGAUAUGUUCAAGGAUACCCAAAAUGUCGGCAACGCAUUGGGCCCAGCUUUGAACUCGGCCUACAAGCUGGUGUCGCCUAUUGGAGGAAAGAUCAUGUGUCUGCAGGCCAGCUUGCCUAAUUUGGAAGCAGGAGCUUUGAAGAUGCGCGAGGAUCCCAAGCUGCUGGGAACUGCCAAGGAGUCGACACUUCUCCAGUCAGCGUCGUCCUUUUACAAGUCUCUUGCUGUGGAGUGCUCAAAGUCGCAGGUUUGUGUGGACAUGUUCCUCUUUGGAUCCCAAUACUCGGACGUUGCCACCCUCAGCUGUUUGCCCCGAUUCACAGGAGGAAGCACAUUCUUCUACCCAGCAUUCACGGCAGCAAAGUCGGAGGAUGCUCUCAAGUUUGCCCACGAACUGGCAGAGUUCUUGUCUCAGAGGAUUGCGUUGGAAGCUGUCAUGCGCGUGAGAGCUUCGAAAGGACUUCGCAUGUCAGCCUUUUAUGGAAACUUUUUCGUUCGCUCGACCGACCUGCUGUCGCUGCCCAACGUCCCUCGCGACCAGUCCUAUUCGAUUGAAGUCAGCUUUGACGACAACCUCUCUAUCCCUGUUGUGUGCUUCCAGACCGCCCUCCUGCACACCUCUUCCUCUGGUGAGCGCCGCAUUCGUGUGUUGACAUUGGCGUUGCCAGUGACGACGAGUCUGUCCGAGUUGUAUGCAUCAGCGGACCAAGUGGCGAUUGCAACAUUGUUGGCGUGCAAGGGAGUGGAGCGUGGCAUGAACUCAAAGUUGGACGAUGCCCGUGAUGCGUUGACCAACAAGGUUGUUGAUAUCCUGGGUGUUUACAAGACCCACAUGACGGCAUCCUCCUCCGGCGCCACACCCAACCUCCAGAUCUGCGACAACCUCAAGUUGCUCCCACUCCUCACCUUGGGCAUGCUCAAGCAUGUUGGUCUUCGUGGAGGGUCACAGAUCCCAUCGGAUCUUCGUUCUUAUGCGAUGCACCUGUUGUCAACAUUGCCUUCGCAAUGUUUGAUUCCCUUCCUUCACCCUCGCUUCUACUCAUUGCAUGAUAUGCCUGAACAUUGCGGAACGAUUGGAGACCACGGUAUUGAGAUGCCUCAGACGAUGAACCUGAGCAGCGAGCGGUUAUCACGCUCAGGAUUGUUUAUGUUGGAGGACGGACAAAACAUCUUUUUGUGGAUUGGCCGGGAUGCUGUUCCUCAGCUCUGCAUGGAUCUCUUUGGCGUCCCUGACUAUCAAAGCAUUCGCAGCGGCAAGACGACACUGCCGACAUUGGAAGCGGACUUCAACCAGAGGGUGAACUUGAUUGUGGGCAAGGCCCGAGAGAUGCGCAGGUCGUCGUACUACUCUCAGCUGUAUGUUGUCAAGGAGGAUGGAGAUCCAGCAUUGCGUCUGUGGUUCUUGAGCCAUUUGAUCGAAGACCGUGCCGAGCCCAUUAUGAGUUACUACCAGUACCUUGGCCACCUUAAAGAUCGGGUCAACAGCGGAUCAUUCUAA